CCAAGCUCAGGCCCGUAACCUGGCUUUGGGGGGCCUUGGUGCUUGGUUGAGGGCUUCGCGGCGCCAUCCAUCUCAUCCUUCCUUUAAAGCCAUGGAACCCACUUUGGUUUGGCAGGCCUGACCGCCUUCGCUCCUUCGCUCGCCGGUGUUCCGUGACGAUUGAUUCAUUCUUGUAUGCUUUGUUGUUCAAGAAAGUGCGAUACACGUCAUUUCCAGUUCUUCAUUUUCCCAACCGAUCUCAACCCCCAUCUCAAGAUCCCCGAAAACGCACACGACCACCUUCCUCGGACAAUUCCUCCUUCCUAAUAUCUCAUCCCGCACCCCAUCCAGACAGAUCAUUUCCAAGAUUUUCUUGGCCUGCCCAUUUCCAGCUCAGCACCGCAUCUACUACCAUAAAUCGCCAAGAACUACUCCGAUAUCUCUUACCCUGAGUAUUGGAUUGUUACCUUUGUUCUUAUUUACGCUCUUCACGCACGGGAUAUGAGACCCAGCAGCUAUACCUCCGCAAUCGCCUUCGCGUCUUUGUUCGCUACCACGGUAGCCUCUCCAGUACACGGGGGAUCAGGACUUGCGCCAGCCCCAGAGAACAUAGAAAGGAAGGAUGACCCGACGAAGAAUAAGUACUUCCAUGAGCCUGGCGGUGACGACCAGCUCGGCCACUAUGAUGAGCGGUACUUCCACGGUAUCGUCAGUUACGAAGAGCGCACCGACACCCAAUUCCACAUGAUCCGGGCAUAUCUCAAAUUCUUCAACGAAAACGGCUUGGACACGUGGAUAGCACACGGAACGUUGCUCGGGUGGUGGUGGAACGGCAAGCGACUACCAUGGGAUUGGGAUCUGGAUACCCAGGUUUCCGGCGCAACGCUUCACUAUCUCGGACAACACUUCAACCAAUCGAUACAUCACUAUGUCUCCGAGGACGGUGAGACGAAACGUAAUUUCCUAUUAGAUGUGAAUCCGUGGAUAUGGCAAAGAGAGAGAGGAGACGGGAUGAAUGUCAUCGAUGCGCGAUGGAUCGAUAUACGGAAUGGGUUGUUCAUCGACAUUACAGGACUGAGCGAGACGCAUCCUGACACCAAUCCGGCGGUGUGGAGCUGCAAGAAUUACCACCGCUAUCAUACUUCAGACCUCUAUCCUAUGCGCGAAUCUGUCUUCGAGGGCGUUCCCGCAAAGAUUCCCUAUGCAUAUGACAAGAUUUUAAUAGAAGAGUACAAUGAGAAGGCGCUGGUGCUCACUGAGUAUGAAGGUCACGCAUGGGAUCCCUCCCAAAAAGAAUGGAUCAAGACCCAAGCCCAAGUUGAGAAGGAGAAGGAAGAAGCGGAAGAGAAAGCAAAAAUGAAAGCUGAGGAAGAGGAGCAGAAGAAGAAAGAUGAAGACGGUAAACAAAAGACCGAGUAGCCUCCUUAUAUCCCUGUAUAUCUACCUUCUCCCUCGGUUCUCGGCUCCCCUUGAGUUGGAAAAAAGAUACUUGGUAUGCAUUGGGACGGUACUUUUCUUCGCAUUAUCAGGCGUAUUGGAUGGCAUUGCUCUUUGAAAAAGGGAACUGAUAUUGGUUGACAGUCCCUCGUACUUGGAUAAACACGUCAUUGAUACCCAUUUUAUUUGAGAGGCAGUGUAUGUCGGUGGUCUUUAUGACCGACUGUCUACAGGUGUAUUUACUUUUCGGGGCUCGUUAUUGGAUACAUGGGGGCUUGUGAAGAGCAUGCAAACAUUUUCCAUAGGAA